AUGCUUCGCCAGAUACGCUAUGAAAAAAUAUACGAUCUCUUGGCUCAACAGGACGUUCUGAAGAGGGAAUUGAUGGAAACAAAAAGUCUGCUUGGAGUGGAUCGAUCUACAUGGAGUUACGAUCUCUACGUUGCGGAACAAUUGGAUCCAGAAGACCCCAGCUUUUUGGAGGCAUUGGAGAAGGAGACAGAAGUUCUUCAGAAAAGAGUAGACGCCUGCAAAUCUCACAUCAUGAUGGUGACCACUUUUGACUCGAAGCCUAUAUGCAGCAGUGUGUGUCUCUCUCAUUGCCCAGACAUAGAGCAUAUCUCGAGUUUACCUGAGGAUGAGCUAUAA